UUUCCCGUUCGCUGUCCGGUAGGUGUCUGGAUGUCGGAGGCUUGGGGCCGCCGUGAGGAAGAGGAGGCGGAGGCGGAACUCAGUGAGCUGAAGGCGGGGAGCGCGGUGGGAAGAGCAGGGCAUCUCGCCCCACUGAAUUUGCCACAGGACCAAGACCUCCGGCCAGACCAACAGAAUACCCCACUCCACCCGCCCGGUGCAACAAGGGAAACAAGCCCCUCCCCCUCCAGCGAAGGAACAGGUUUGCUGUCGUUGCCAUGGGAGAUGGUGGCCCGCAUCGCCUCUCACCUCCCAGCGCAGUGUGUCAUCACGGUCCUCCCACAGGUUUGUCGAGCACUGGGGGGCGUGGGUGAGGACAGCACCGCCUGGCAGCUCCGAGCUCGCAGGCUGAUUGGCCCCGGGGCCUCCUUCCCCGUGGGGCCGCGGGAGGGCUUCGACUGGCCCACCGCCUGCCUGGAGAUGGAGGAGCUCAUCUCCUGCUGGGCGGGGCUGAGCGAGAAGGAGAGGGAGGGGCAGGGGCAGGAGGCGGGGCCUGCGGGCGACAGAGGGGCGGGGUUACAGGAGGCAGGAGAGGCUGCGGUGGCCAGGGAGCCUGGGGCCGAAGGAGGGAGAGCUGGAGAUGGAGAGAUGAUGGAGGGCGGAGGCCUGUUGGUCGACGGAGAGGGACAACAGCGGGUGCAGGAGGGAGGCGGGGCGGAGGCGGGGGAGCAGGGGGUUGGAGGGGAGAGGCAGAACGAGCCAAUGGCAGGGGAGGAGGAGGGGGGAGAGAGAGACGGGGGAGAGGGAUUGGGUGAGCGCGGAGGCCGGGCAGAGGAGGGAGUGGCUGAAGGCGAAGCGGGGGAAGGAGAGAAACCAGGAGGGAGGGAGGGGGAUCUCUCCGACCCCCCCGGCCCGUCCGCGGCCCUCCAGCGGUUCUCCCUGCCCUCGGGCCACAUCGCCGAGGUGAACACCGUGCUCCUGGUCGGGGGGGAGGGGGCGCUGUGCGCCUCGGGGUCCCGGGACAGGAACGUGAACCUGUGGGACCUGCGCGGGGGGGCGCGGGGGACGCUGCUGCGCACGCUGGGGGGGCGGGGCCUGUUCAGCACGCACCGCGGCUGGGUGUGGUGCCUGGCGGCCCGCGGGCCCCUGCUCUGCUCGGGCUCCUUCGACAGCACGGUGCGGCUGUGGGACCUGGGGGCCGGGGGCACCGAGCGGGGCCUCAUCCAGGCCCGCGCCGCCGUGCUCUGCCUGUCCUGCCAGAGCGACGCCCUGCUGGCCGGGUCCUACGACAAGAAGGUCAGCAUCUAUGACACCAGAGCGGCAGAGCCCCUGGUGAAGAGCCUGCGUCUCCAUGGCAACGCGGUGCUGUGCCUGGCCGCGGAUGAGCAGUACAUCCUCUCCGGGAGCAAGGACCGCACCCUGGCCGUGUUCGACCGCCGCGCGGGGAAACCGCUGCAGAAGCUCUCGCUGAGCUCCUACCUGCUCUCCAUGUCCUACAGUGGGAAGGAGGUUUGGGCCGGAGACAACCACGGCAUGAUCCACACCUUCGCCCUGCGGGACGGCCUCUUCCAGCCCGUUUCCCAUUUCGACGUGGGGCACCACUCCCUGGUGACGGGGAUCCACAACUCGGCCGGGACGCUGUACACCUGCUCCUCUGACCGCACCAUCAAGAUUCACCUCCCUUCCGCCCCCCCCAGGACACUCUGCUCACUGCGGCACCAAGCUGGGGUCAAUGGGCUGAGCGUGGAGGGCGGGGUGCUGGCUGUAGCUUCAGGGGACAUGUGUGUGGAGGUGUGGAGGCCGCAGAGGUGAGGGAGGGGCGGAGGCCGCGGAGGUGAGGGAGGGGCGGAGCGAGGGAGGAAGGCGGGGCCACUGAAGGCAUCCCAGGCUGUCAUGUGACUCCCUGCUCAAACUGGACUCGUUAUUUCAACCCGAAAACACAAUGCCACUGAUAACACUCUUUUUGAAAAUAAAUUAGUAAGCUUUAAAAUGAUCAACCUCAAAGUUUAAAAAAAUAAGGCUUGUGUCUUACACAGAAGAAAGGAUGUUAUGUUCAUGGUCCUGUUCAUUUUUAAAUGUCAAAUUAUUGUGUCAUUUUCAAACGCCUGUUGGAGUUGUUUUUUUUGCUGCUGAACACUGUUUUGACACUAUAAUAAUAUGUACAGAGUGCCUGCCUUUCUAUCACAAGAAUGCAUGAGAAAAAGUGUGAAGGGCUUUGCAUCACAACAGACGUGUCCAUGUGCAAUUAGAUAUGUGAGCUCCAUCUCAGCAGUAUGCUGGCGCACCUUGCUAAAGAGUGUUUGUAUCGAAAGCCCUCUAGACUAAUAUGCAUAGUUACUUAUUGCACUCACAUCUGUAAUUAUACAGGUUUGAGUUUCGUGUGUUGUAAAGUGUGACAUUUAUGUGUCUGCCAUUCCAUUACAGACAUUCCAGGUGGCUCGUUGUUAGGAAAGGUUAUUUCAAUCAUAAUAAAUGCACAUAAUGGUGUAUAGUGAAGGAUUCCGAGCCCCAGCUCGCGUGCAAUGUGACAAGAUCCAAAUAGCCAUUGGACUUGCAACUAGGAUGUGGUGUGUUUUUUAUUUCAAGUUAUUUAUAUGUCACUUGUUAGCUUAACUUUUAAAUAAAUGAAAAGAUCUGCUGUCUGAGAAUUAGCCCCAUUUGUCUCCAGGUUUUUGGCCUGACUGCCUACAGUACUGAAAUAUCAAAAGAAAACUGUAGCAACUGUAUACACACACACACAUAAUGACACAUGAAGUGAUGAACGUCUCAGCAUUUGUUUGCACACCCUCAUUCACUAGGGCGCCCAGAGUUUAGUGUAGUUUUCAUUCACGAAGUUGGAUUUUUACUGAAUGAAACGGAGACCAAGCCGGUGCACUUACGCCUGCAGCAGACGUGUCUCACACAGGCUUUACACCCAUCGCCUCUACAUCAUCAGGAUUCUAUCAUCCAUCACACACACACACACACAAAUAAUACAGCUCCCAAAAUGCAUUUACAGCCUUAGUCGAAGACGGUUUAUGAAAUACAUGGAAUACAUUAUAAAACACUGUGUCAGGUGUCAUAGCCGUGUGAACUUUUAGUCGACCUGCUGAUUCUUCACCUACUGAUUACAAGUAUACUGGAAGCUAGAAAUCUGACAGCAUAAUAACAAAACAAAAAAAUCAUUUUGUAACUUUAUAUUGUGUUUGCAUUACUUUAAUGUUAAUAAAUACAGGUUUUGAGUUAA